AUGCCUGAAGUCAAGGACAAAUCAAAGGUGCAUAAGCUGGCCAUCAGAGGAUCGGCAAAGCUUGUCGCCGAAUUCUUUGAAUACUCAAUUAACUCAAUUUUAUUCCAACGAGGUGUCUACCCUCCUGAUGAUUUCAUAACUGUUAAGAAAUACGGUCUCAACAUGCUCAUCUCGGCGGACGACCAGGUCAAAGCAUACAUCAAGAAGAUCAUGUCUCAAUUGAACAGGUGGAUGGCUGGUGGAAAGAUUUCCAAGCUCGUCGUGGUCAUCACCGAUCGGGAGUCCGGGGAGCAUGUGGAGCGAUGGCAGUUUGAUGUUGAAAUUUUUGGUAAAUCAUCCAAGAGCAAGACUGCUGGAAGAUCAGGAGAUAAGGAGAAUUCGGCGCCAGGCGAGGCAGAUGCUCAACCAGCCGAACCUGCCGAGAAGACAGAGAAGGAGAUCCAGGAUGAGAUCCAGGCCAUCUUCCGUCAGAUCACAGCUUCAGUCACUUUCCUUCCAGUCCUGGAUGGAGACUGCACAUUCAAUGUCCUUGUUUAUGCAGACGCAGAUUCAGAUGUCCCCGUUGAGUGGGGCGACAGCGAUGCAAAGGAGAUCAAGAAUGCAGAGAAGGUCCAGCUGCGCAGCUUCAGUACCAACAACCACCGGGUUGGUACUCUGGUCAGCUACCGGAUGGCAGACUAA